AUGAGGACAGACGAUUCGGGUCCAUCCGACCCUACUCCGUGCAACGUCAAUCAUGAGAAGGAUGACUACCUGUCCGCUGGCUGUGCCCACGUGGACCUGUCGACCGUGCACGAUGAGGCCCUACCGACGUCUAUGCCUGACGUCGGCUCGCUCCGCUCUGCACUGCUCUCCCAUGACCGCCUGCCUUGGCUCUUGUCAAAGGUGCUGGAGAACUUCAUGAAGCAGGCUUUCACGAACCCGAUGGAGAAGGGGCAGGCCUGGACGGCGGGGGCGCUGGCGGAGCCACGGAUCAAGAAGUCCGACGAUGGCGCCUCCAACGAGGCGCCGGUGGCUGGCCUGGAGCAGCUCCGGAAGGCUCUCCGGGAGGUGAUGGGGGAGAACGAGGAGCAGGGCCAGGCUAAGGUGCUGCAGCACCAGAUCCCGGCGGUUGAGCAGGGCGCCGCCCUGUCCGUCGGGCAGAUCCGCGGCAAGCGCGAGAAGGAGCGACCGUCUUCCAUGUUCAAGGCGCUCAGCCGGGAUGAGAAGGCGAAACACGACGUCGGGGUGAAGUCCUGCGCCCCGCCGCUUGGCACCUACCGGCCCAAGUCUGGCCAGAGCCGGCCCAGGAUGCUCGGCCAGGCGGACUUCGCCAAGCCGCCCGGGCGCUCUCCGCUCCCGAGCUACGGGGGAGAGCUGAACGACCCCCCGCGGAGGCCGGAGCGCCACAUCCCCGCGCCCCACUUCGCGAAGAGCACCCCGCGCAAGGCCCAGAAGCUCACCUGCACGGUCAACUCUUUCACCGCCGGGGUGCUGGACGGCCACCUCUACUGCUCGACCAGCUCCCGGUCUCCCCAGUGGGACUUCUCGAAGUCGGUCGAUCCCCAGGCCAAGGUGCGGAGCACGUACUUCCAGCCUGGCCAGUACCGCAUCCCUGGGCCGCUGUCGCGCACGUGCGUUCAGUUCGACAAGCAGAUCCCCCGACCUCCCGUGGCGGACGGUGUAUCAGCCACGAACCACCUGCCGGACCGGUCGCUCUCGAGGAGCUGCCCCGUGCUCUCGCAGAGCAGGGCCGUGGUCGUGCCAGACCUCUCAAAGUACAGGGCUCGGGAUGCUUUCUUCAAGCCCGCGAACGACAACCAGUCCAACGCAGCGACGUUCGAUGCGAUGGAGGCGAACCGGACCCUGUGGAGAAAGCCCACGAACGUCGACGAUUUCGAUAAAACCUUGGACAGGGGCACGAGCAUCAAGGACAACGGCUGCGACGGAGGCGCCCACAGGACGUCGCGCUGCAGCUCGCGAGGGACAACGAGAUGCGCGGGCGGCCGAUGA